GGAAGAUGCCGCUGGCGCAGCUGGCGGACCCGUGGCAGAAGAUGGCUGUGGAGAGCCCCUCCGACAGCGCUGAGGAUUAUAUCUUUAUCCUUGAAAUUUAAAAACAUUUGCCAGGACAUGUCUUGGUGUUGAUGAUCUCUGUUGAACCUUCUCAGUCUGCAGUCUCAGGAUAAAUGAGGAGCUGAUUCUUAAUCCUGUCACAUUGAAUGGACAGCAAAUUAUGGAUGAACCUAUGGGAGAGGAGGAGAUUAAUCCACAAACUGAAGAAGGCAGUAUCAAAGAAAUUGCAAUCACACAUCAUGUGAAGGAAGGACAUGAAAAGGCAGAUCCUUCCCAGUUUGAGCUUUUGAAAGUAUUAGGGCAGGGAUCAUUUGGAAAGGUGUUCUUAGUUAAAAAAAUCUCAGGCUCUGAUGCUAGACAGCUUUAUGCCAUGAAGGUAUUAAAGAAGGCCACACUGAAAGUUCGAGACCGUGUUCGGACGAAAAUGGAGCGUGAUAUCUUGGUAGAAGUCAAUCAUCCUUUCAUUGUCAAAUUGCAUUAUGCUUUUCAAACUGAAGGGAAGUUGUAUCUUAUUUUGGAUUUUCUCAGGGGAGGAGAUUUGUUUACACGUUUAUCCAAAGAGGUGAUGUUCACAGAAGAAGAUGUCAAAUUCUACUUGGCUGAACUUGCACUUGCUUUAGACCAUCUGCAUAGCCUGGGAAUAAUCUAUAGAGACUUAAAACCAGAAAACAUACUUCUUGAUGAAGAAGGUCACAUCAAGUUAACUGAUUUUGGCCUAAGUAAGGAGUCUAUUGACCAUGAAAAGAAGGCUUAUUCUUUUUGUGGAACUGUGGAAUAUAUGGCUCCAGAAGUAGUCAACCGGAGAGGUCAUACCCAGAGUGCUGACUGGUGGUCUUUCGGUGUGUUGAUGUUUGAAAUGCUCACUGGUACACUACCUUUCCAAGGAAAAGAUCGUAAAGAAACAAUGACUAUGAUUCUUAAAGCCAAACUUGGGAUGCCACAGUUUCUGAGUCCUGAAGCCCAGAGUCUUUUACGAAUGCUUUUCAAACGGAAUCCUGCAAACAGAUUAGGUGCUGGACCAGAUGGAGUUGAAGAAAUUAAAAGACAUUCAUUUUUCUCAACAAUAGACUGGAAUAAACUGUAUAGAAGAGAAAUUCACCCACCUUUUAAGCCUGCAACUGGCAGGCCUGAAGAUACAUUUUACUUUGAUCCUGAGUUUACUGCAAAAACUCCCAAAGAUUCACCUGGCAUUCCACCUAGUGCUAAUGCACAUCAGCUUUUUCGGGGGUUUAGUUUUGUUGCUAUUACCUCAGAUGAUGAAAGCCAAGCUAUGCAGACAGUUGGUGUGCAUUCAAUUGUUCAGCAAUUACACAGGAACAGUAUUCAAUUUACUGAUGGAUAUGAAGUAAAAGAAGAUAUUGGUGUUGGCUCAUACUCCGUUUGUAAGAGGUGUAUACAUAAAGCCACGAACAUGGAGUUUGCAGUGAAGAUAAUUGAUAAAAGCAAGAGAGACCCAACAGAAGAGAUUGAAAUUCUUCUUCGUUAUGGACAGCAUCCAAACAUCAUUACUCUAAAGGAUGUGUAUGAUGAUGGAAAAUAUGUAUAUGUAGUAACAGAACUUAUGAAAGGAGGUGAAUUGCUGGAUAAAAUUCUUAGACAGAAGUUUUUCUCUGAGCGAGAGGCCAGUGCUGUCCUGUUUACUAUAACCAAAACUGUUGAAUAUCUUCAUGCACAAGGGGUGGUUCACAGAGACUUGAAACCUAGCAACAUUCUUUAUGUGGAUGAAUCUGGUAAUCCAGAAUCUAUUCGAAUUUGUGAUUUUGGCUUUGCAAAACAGUUGAGAGCAGAAAACGGUCUUCUUAUGACUCCUUGUUAUACUGCAAAUUUUGUUGCACCAGAGGUUUUGAAACGACAAGGUUAUGAUGCUGCCUGUGAUAUAUGGAGUCUUGGUGUCCUCCUUUAUACAAUGCUUACUGGUUACACUCCAUUUGCAAAUGGUCCUGAUGAUACUCCAGAGGAAAUAUUGGCACGAAUAGGUAGUGGAAAAUUUUCACUCAGUGGUGGUUACUGGAAUUCCGUUUCAGAUACAGCAAAGGACCUGGUGUCAAAGAUGCUUCAUGUAGAUCCUCAUCAGAGACUGACUGCUGCUCUUGUGCUCAGACAUCCUUGGAUUGUCCACUGGGACCAACUGCCACAAUACCAACUAAACAGACAGGAUGCACCACAUCUCGUAAAGGGUGCCAUGGCAGCUACAUACUCUGCUUUAAACCGUAAUCAGUCACCAGUUUUGGAACCAGUAGGCCGUUCUACUCUUGCUCAGCGGAGAGGUAUUAAAAAAAUCACCUCAACAGCCCUGUGAAGUGACCUCAGUGAGAUAUUUGGUACCAUGAUGUAAGCUGAUAGCACAAGUUCUGGCGACAGGUAGCACAUACCUGAGAGACAUCCUGCAAGCACACACUGUCCCAGCUGGUACCCAUAAUGCUGCUGCUCCUGCUGCUCCUGCUUUCGUCUCUUCUCGCUUUGAUUGUUAGCAAGUUAGGUUUUCCUGGAGCUUUGAAAUGAAAAUGAAAACAUGAUGAAGAUAUAAUCACUGAAUCAACAAGAAAAAUAAUGAACACAUGAAUACCACCUAAAAUACACUGAAUAAAAGUACUCUACACCAUAUAGCAUUAUUUUUAUAGAAAAUAUUUCAUGUCCCCUAAAUAUUCUUUGUUAGUUAUAGGGAUGGACAGUUUAUGUUAAGCACUUAGCUUAAACAAUCCGUUUAUAUUAGCACUGUAUCCCUUGUGCCAUCCAACAUUUUGUAUGUUUUUGUAAACAGUUCAUAUACAGUACAUUUCUGUACUGCUUUCUUUAAUGUAUACAUGCCUUGUUUAACUUGGAGUCUAUUAAUCAAUUGACUAUUAAAUCUGGAUAAAUAGUUCACCUGGAUUAACAGUAUUGUUGGGAAAACUUAAAGAUGGCCAGAUUGAUUGAACAGAUUUGAUUGAACAGCUGUUGAAUGUAAUUCUUUCAAAUUGUACAUAUUUUCCUCCAUUUCUUUCACUGGUUUGUUCAUUUGUUUCUUCAAGUCAGGUGCUCUGUCAGACUAACCUAAAGAGCUGUUAAUGGUAAAGAAAGUUGUGUGUGUGUGGCAUGAAAUCAAGAAUACACCUAUGAAGUUAGUCCAUAUACUUUGUGAUUUCUUAGGGUUUCUUUAAGGAAGUAAUCCUCCACUUUUAACCUUACAUAGUCCUCAUACUUAGUAUUUGGCAUAUCAUUUGAAAUCUUGCCAACACACAUGAAAGGCCUUUAAAAGAAUCAUAUUAAAGAAAUUGGAAAAGGAAAAUUUAGCAAUUGAUAACUAAAGCCUUACUGGAUAUUUCAUGUUUAAAUAGAUAUUCUAUAUUAAACACUAAUUUGAAUGUAAUAAAGGCCACAGGUCUCCAUAUGAAAUUGGAUUUAAACUUUCUUAUUCUAGAGAAUAAAAUAUUCUUGGCCAAACAGUAUCUGUUCUAACCUGAAGUCAUAGCUGAGGCAGGCUCAAUGACUGAUCAGCACUGACUGUUUUCUGAACCCUGCUGAUGGUUUAUAGCCAUAUGAUGUUUCCUUUGACUUCAGUGGUGACCAGUUUUCAUAAUGGUCCUUGGCUGUGCUUCAGUGCAGUAUUCAGUAUCUCCAUCUACCUUGCUAGUUUCCAGUUUCAUUUAACAAAAGAAACUUUUGUACCCAUCAUUACCCAUAUCUUUGUCACACUACCCAGUGUACAUUAAUAUGUGAUGUGAAAAACAUGAGCAAAGGAAAAGUGAUUUAACUUAAACCUCAUUAGGAAUGUGCCCCAGUAGAUGUGUCACUUACUGAGCCAUUUACAUUAUAAAUCUUUUCACUCAGAGUACAAA